GGAAAUGGGUUUCUCUCGAUCUCAGGCUGAAGAAGCGAUAAAAAAGCAUUCCACAGUACAGGCUGCUCUGGAUUCACUUCUGGCAGGUGUCGCGGAAAAUGCUCUGGGCGGUGAAGUUUACGUCUCUGACGACGAUUCAGGUUUUACCACUCCAUCCCUCCCCAAGCCCCAAGCUCAGAAAGAUGUCACAAAGAUGGACCCACGUAAUCCGGAGGGCCUAACAGCUCUAUGGGUCGGAAAUGUUUUACCAGAUAAAGUAGACGAUAAAAAACUUUUGAAAAUCUUUUCUAGAUAUGGAUCUGUGACUAGUGUUCGGACUUUACCAGAAAAAUUCUGUGCUUUUGUAAAUUUUAAAACGAAGGAGGCUGAAGGGAAAGCCAUGCAAAGUUUACAGGGAGCAGAAUGUGGAGGCCAGAAGUUACUGAUAAAGUUCCCUGACAACCCCAUAGUAAAUAGUGGUACACUUACGAUACGGAAAACCCCCAGUACCAGUAGCCCCCAGCAGAGACAGACAUUUGUAGGAAAAGCGGUCUCUGCCCAAUAUCAGAACUCUACAGCAGUGACCAGUACAGCAGUGGAACAGAAGAUCACCACGGGACCCGUGAACGGGGACGAAUGUUAUUUCUGGAGAACCACGGGGUGUUCUUUCGGGGACAAAUGUCGCAAUAAACACUUAUCCUCCAGCAAAGGAGUGGACAAAAAACCGUGGCAGAAAACGUAG